UUCGCUUCUCUGUAUUUGUUCGAGCGCUUUCUUCGCCCUUCUCUGCUCUCGUCUUGGACAUUGAGUAGAGCUUCUCAUCAGUUCUCAGUUCUCAUAAUCCAACCGCACUGCCCGCCAGGAGCAAUCUAAUUCUCCUUUUCUUUUCUCGGAGGUUCUCUUUCUUCAACAAUGGCGACGGUGAUGCAGAAAAUCAAAGACAUCGAAGAUGAGAUGGCAAGGACUCAAAAGAACAAGGCUACCGCUCAUCAUUUAGGCUUGCUGAAGGCCAAACUUGCAAAGUUGAGGAGGGAACUACUGGCACCUCCAUCUAAGGGAGGUGGGGGUGCUGGCGAAGGUUUUGAUGUUACUAAAAGUGGGGAUGCAAGGGUUGGUCUUGUUGGAUUUCCUUCAGUUGGCAAAUCUACUCUACUGAAUAAGCUGACUGGGACAUUUUCAGAGGUUGCUUCUUAUGAGUUUACCACUUUAACUUGCAUCCCAGGUGUGAUAAUGUAUCGUGGAGCUAAAAUUCAGUUGCUGGAUCUUCCUGGCAUCAUUGAGGGUGCUAAGGAUGGAAAAGGCAGAGGAAGGCAGGUUAUCAGUACGGCAAGGACAUGCAACUGCAUUUUGAUUGUCCUUGAUGCAAUAAAGCCAAUAACUCAUAAGCGUCUUAUAGAAAAAGAGCUUGAGGGAUUUGGCAUAAGGUUAAACAAAGAACCACCAAACUUGACUUUUAGGAAAAAAGAUAAGGGUGGAAUCAAUCUCACAUCAACUGUGACUAAUACACAUCUGGAUCUUGAGACCGUGAAGGCUAUAUGUAGCGAGUAUAGAAUUCACAAUGCUGAUAUUACUCUCAGAUAUGAUGCAACUGCAGAUGACUUAAUAGAUGUCAUAGAGGGCAGUAGAGUAUACAUGCCUUGUAUCUAUGUUGUGAACAAGAUUGAUCAGAUUACACUUGAAGAAUUGGAGAUCUUAGAUAAGCUACCCCAUUACUGCCCAAUCAGUGCCCACCUGGAGUGGAACCUUGAUGGUCUGCUUGAGAAAGUUUGGGAAUAUCUGAAUUUGACUCGUAUUUAUACAAAGCCAAAAGGGAUGAAUCCCGACUACGAAGACCCUGUAAUAUUGUCAUCUAAGAGGAGGACGGUUGAGGACUUCUGCAAUCGCAUUCACAAGGAUAUGCUUAAACAGUUUAAAUAUGCUUUGGUUUGGGGUUCGAGCGCGAAGCACAAGCCUCAAAGAGUUGGCAAGGAGCAUGAACUUGAGGAUGAAGACGUUGUUCAGAUUAUCAAAAAAGUAUAGUUUACUUCAAAAGGGAUUGAAGAUGAUACAUGACAAGUGAACGAAAAGCAAGGCAGGUAAUUUGGGAUUGGGCUCUAGGGCAGUAAUAUCUCGUGAAUCCCUGAUUCCAGGGUCUGCCAGUUAUAUUCUAUUCCCAUAACUUGUUUUGUGCCCCUUCUUCAGUGGGGAAUUAGCGUUAGGUAUAGACUAUGGUGCUGCUUGAUGUAUAGUUGAGCCAUUUUGUGGUCAAAGGAUGCCUGUAAAAUCUCUGUGGGUUGUCCCCGGAGUUUGUGUCAUAGUUGUGUGUCGGCGUUUUUAUAGACAUUAAGCUGAGGUUUAUUAGUUAUAGACACUGCGAAAUUUAGUCCAGUGCCAGGCAUCCGAACAAAAUGAUGGGUAGUAGUUCUUUAGGGGAUUGACACAAUUCUCUAGAUUAAUGAUAAAAUUAUCUGGUUUGAGAAUUCA